AUGAGGGCCGUAGAGAGGCAUAAAGCAUCAUCGUCGACAGCGGCGACAGGUACCUGCAGGACAAUUGAAGUUUCUCGGAAAAAAAUUGACAUGGAUUUGUUAUACGAGUGUGGUAAAGGUGCCAGAUUCCAAAUCGCGGAGGUUAUUGGCCGAGGUAGGCGGGGGUUGGUUCGGGCAGCUGUAGACACUCACACUGGCGAGAGGGUAGCGAUCAAGAAGAUCAGUGAUAUCUUCGAGCACGUUUCCGAUGCCAUACGCAUUCUGAGAGAGAUCAAAUUGCUACGCCUGCUUCGCCAUCCUGAUAUUGUGGAGAUAAAGCACAUCAUCCUUCCUUCAUCGCCGACGGACUUCAAGGAUAUUUUUAUUGUUUUUGAGCUGAUGGAAUCUGAUCUUCAUCAAGUUAUCAUGGAUAAUGAAGAUCUUACCCAAGAACAUCAUCGUUUUUUCCUGUAUCAGCUCCUGAGAGCCUUGAAAUAUCUCCAUACGGGUCCUUUCCUUUCCGUUGUUUACCUGUCUUUCAUCUUCGACUGGGGUGUUAAUUUCAUAUCGAAACUAACAUUGAUGGUUUUGUUUUUCCUUUUAGCAAACGUGAUUCAUCGAGAUUUGAAACCAAAAAAUAUCCUGGCUAACGCGGAUUGCAAAUUAAAGAUCGACAAUUUCAAUCUUUCCCGUGCAUCAUUCAGUGAUGCAUCGUCAUCUAUUUUCUGGAAUGUAUGUGACGUCCUAAUGAUGUUGUGUUCCUUUUCAUACCCUUUUAUCAAACUUUCCGUGGUUAUUUAAUGGCAUGUAUGAUUUUCUUCCAGAGAGACCACUUCGAUCUUAUGCUUAGCUGAUGUUGAAUAUAAUAUUCUCUUUCCUUGAAGGAUUAUGCGUCAACAAGGUCGUAUCGUGCUCCUGAAUUGUGUGGCUCUUUUUUCUCCAAAGUAAGCUGUUGACUAUUUGUGCAAAGAUGGGCAGAAUAGUUCUUUGGGAGCGUUUAAACCUUUCAUUCAUAAAAUACACACUCUCAACACACCACUAUAUGCUUUCUAUCUACCUCUGUUCGGAACUUACAUGUUGGCUUUUAUCCCUGUCACCUGUUAUUUUUGACACGCAUCUGCCCCUGCCGUUAUUGACUCAGUUUUGGUGUCAAGAAAAUAGAUCAGACAUCACGAAUCUCUCUAUGAUUAAGAAGACGUUUAUUUCAUUUCCCCAUGCGGCUAUGACCGAAAAUUUCGUUUUCUAAGGCACAUUUUUUUCUAGAAUAGUCUGGCUCAUGUAGGCAUCUGAAGUUUGUGCCUAUUCAUUUUUAUUUUUCUGUGAUAUUGUAUUAUCAAAGAAUUUUUUUCUUAAAUCAGUGUUUUCCUAUAAUAUGCACACCUGAGACUGAUAAAAUCGAGCGAUGAUUUGAUACAGUGUUCUCAUUCAACUGCCUAGAGUGCCAUUGCAAACUCUAGCUGGAUGAUGCAGUUUCAGUGACGAGGAUGAAUAGAAUACACAAAUUGUGUAGCAUCAGUUUCACUAAUAAGGACAAUAGACGUGUGGAAAUUGACUUCUUUCAUUCAUAUGUUUUUUGAUUGUAUAUGUGGAUAUCUCAAUAGUUCAUUAUGGCCUCCAAAACUCAGGGAUAAUCUCAAGUCUAUCUUUUUUUUGUGAAGACAAUAAAAUAACCAAGAAAAGUGAUUAGUGGUUUGCUUCCAGAUCUCAUUUUUUUUGCAUGAAAAACCAUUGUAACUUCUAUAUCAACUUUGUUUAGCAUUUUUGGUUAAUCCUCUUUAAAUAAUGAUUGCGUUUGAUCCCACUGAUCUGUUAAAAUUUAUUGUCUGGGAUCCAAACAUACGUGAUUAACUUCACAAAGAAAUUCCCAUUUAGUUUUACAUGGACUCCUGUGAAUUUGUGAUGAGAUUUAAAGAUAUAUUCAUGUAUGGAGUCUGAAAUUGAAAAAAAUUGAGUACCUUUCUCUUUGACAUAUAAUGUAGUAGCCUUCAUAUGGCUCGAAUCACUGAUGUAUGUUGGCCGUGGGUCUUCUGGCGUCCCAAGAUUCACUUCGAUCAGGGGAUCCUGGACUUCUGCUGCUGAUUUUUUUUUCAAUUUCAUACAAAAUUUAGAGUAAUGUCUAGUAGCAUACACUGUUAUUCUCGUUGUCAUGGUUUAUAGUAACUUUGUUCGAUGCAAGGUCAUCUUUCUUUCAUAGUGGAGGUAUGGGCCUCUGUUACUUAUGUAGUAGAUAAUCCAUCCAGGUUUAGGAUCCUAUCAUCUAAUUGGUUAUGCAGUUAGCCAUCACUAUUUUGAGAGAUGAAAACAUUUAGAUGCCUCUGUCUUGUCUCUUCAGUGUGACCCAUUAUUUACAACUUUGUUUUGGAUGAUCAUUUAUGUGCGAAACUAACCAACUGUCAGAUACAUUUGUCUUAUUAGUACACCCCUGAAAUUGAUAUAUGGAGCAUAGGAUGCGUAUUUGCAGAAAUGCUGACAAGAAAACCGCUGUUUCCCGGAAAAAAUAUGCUUCAUCAUAUGGAUCUCAUAACAAAUCUGCUCGGCACUCCUUCAGCUGAAUCCAUCGCAGGGGUUGGCUGCUUCUUUUUUUUUUUCUACACACUUCUAAGUUUCUCUUUCCUUUUGUCUGUGGAGCUCGGGGUGCUCCUUGCUAUGCCAUCAUCAAAUACAAAUGCUGGAUUUGAUGUUAAUCCAUCUUAACUUCCACAGGUCCGGAAUGCAAAUGCUAGAAAGUAUUUAAGCGGCAUGCAGAAAAAGAAACCUGUUCCUUUCUCACAAAAGUUCCCCGGUUUAGAUCCUUUGGGGGUCAGUUUGCUUGAGAGACUGCUCGCAUUUGAUCCUAAUUGUCGACCAUCUGCCAAAGAGGUAUGAGCUUCAAUCUGUCUGUGAUCAAGUUUUCCAUAUGCAAAGAAUCUUUCGAGGACCAUCGGUUUCACUUCAGUAUUAUUCAAAGCUUUUGAUUGUUCCAAGUUAUUUUAAUCAUUAUUCUUUUUGGAGAACUUGCUAAAUGAUAUAGAUUUAGAUGUAUCUGAUCCUACAAAAGUUCAUUUUCUAUAGAAUACAGAUCUGUCGAAGAUUAUUGCAUGUUUCUUUCCAUACUCAUUUGUGAGUUAUCAGUACCAGAAAAAUAGGAACCAAAAUAGUAAUUGAUUUAAAAUAAUAUUUUCAUUAUUUUGAUCUGCUAUUUUAAUUUAAAGUGUAUUUUUGUUGACACCACUAUAUGAAUAAGAGUUGAGAACGAAGUAUAGUUACAGAAUGAUAUAUGUUCCUACCGUUUGAGUUCCCUUUCUCAGCAAAUGACUGCUGUAAGAUUUUUUAACUACUGUUUAUUCUGCUGUUGGUUUCAGGCCUUAGCUGAUCCUUACUUUCAUGGUCUGGCAAAUGUUGAUCAUGAACCAACUGCGCAACCCAUUUCCAAAGUGCACUUUGAGUUUGAAAAGAGGAAAUUAACGAAAGAGGAUGUACGAGAACUGAUCUAUCGAGAGGUAGAACGCAUAUGA